AUGUCUCCUAGCGCAACCGCAGACGUAACUUCUACCCAAACCGGCAACGGUAACGGGAACGUCGCCGCACCCCCUGCAACUUCUGACACCCCAGAGUUCCUCAACACCCAACCGGGCCCUGACCAUGACUGGAAAAUCUCGCUGAAGAACAAGGUCAUUGCCAUCACUGGCGCAAACAGGGGAAUUGGCCUCGGCAUCGCGGAAGUUUGCCUUGCCAACGAAGCCGCAACUGUGUACUCUCUUGACCUCUUCGAGCCGGGUGAGGAGUUCCAGGCCGUUCAGAAGGCAAACCCCAAGCGAAUUCAAUACAUUCACUGCGAUGUCACUUCUGAGGACAGCAUUACCUCUGCCAUUGACACCAUCAUUGCCAAAGAAGGCGCCAUCCACGGCCUUGUCGCCAACGCAGGCAUGACAAAGCACCAACCGGCACUCAACUUCGAUCGUGCUCAGCUGGAGCAGCUCUUCAACCUCAACGUUUUCGGCGCCUACUUCUGCGCUACCACAGUAGCCAAGCGGUUCAUUGAGCUUGGUAUCAAGGGUUCCAUCGUCUUCACCGCCUCCAUGACCUCUUACCGGCCCAACCGCGCCGCCCCGUCAGCCCCGUACGGUGCUACCAAGGGCGCGGUCAGGAACAUGACGCACACCCUCGCAAUGGAGUGGGCGAAGCACGGUAUCCGAGUCAACUCCAUCUCGCCAGGUUUCGUAAAGACGGCCAUGACCUACUUUGUUGACCAGGCUCCCGACUGGAACCUCAAGAUGCAGUACUAUGGGGGUAUGCCCCGGUUGGCUGACCCCAAGGAGCUUGGUGGAGCCUACGUGUACUUGCUUUCCGAUGGAGCUUCAUAUACCACUGGUAUUGAUAUUCCUGUUGCGGGUAUUGUUGGCGCUUGGUAA